AGCGGACAAGCAAAUCGGCACCGUUGUUGAUUUGCGUAGAUUGGGGUUUGCCAAAACUUGUUUCUACUUAUUAUUGUUCUUGUUGUCGUGGCGUUCUAGUGAACUGAUUCUGGCCUCCCUUUUUUUUUCUUCUUCUGUCGUUGAUGUUGAGUGUUUGCUGCGGAGUUACGUACGACCAGCUGGUUGUCUCGGCGGCGCGCUCAAUCGGGAAGGCAUUAUUACUUUACGGUGAUACGUCGCAAGCCAACUAAACCAUCGCUCCUCAGCUUUUUUUUUCUUCUUCCUCUGAUUCUGUUUCCCCUCAAGAAAGGAAAAGGAAAAUAAAUACAUUAGUAAUUCUAUUUUACUUGCUACGUUCCGCUUCGCCCUUAUGCUGCGCCGCGCGAGUCAAGCCAGCAGCGCUGUGUCGCACGCGUCGUUGUUAGGGCUAUGCGUCAGCCCCACUCUCCUGUCGGGGUCUUCCACCGAAUCAACAGGGCACCGCAUCCUCGUCACGACCCAGCGCUGCACCUUCUUUACUCCGGGAACGCCUGGCAAGGGCUUACUGCGCGACCUCACAACGCCAUCAGAGCCUCCCCAGGCCUUUUCACCCUUGGAGAAAUUUCGCUUCCCGUCUCCGCCGUCUGCGUCGGAUGCCCGGCCGUUUGGAUCGCUGAAUCGCGAUAACCAACUGCGCCGCUACGUGAACGUCAACACUGCCAAUGUGAGAAGCAGCGCCCCGGGCAGUAAUAGUAUGACACAGUCGAGUAUUUCUCGCGAUAGCGCUGCUGCUUCUGAUGGCGUCUCUGCUAGUGCUGGCUCGUCACUGCCCCCGCCCGCUGCGCAGAUGGAUCUAUCGAAGCUCGUACGCCGACACGCGAACAACUCCGCGAGUUCGGCGACGGACGCGGUGGCUUUCACUUCGCGCCGCGAAGCUGCUGCUUCUACUGCCGCUGCUGGCGCCUCUUCUUCGGUUUCGAGCGCGGGCGUCGGGUCUGGGGCGGCAUCUGCAUCUCUUCUACCCCCUGCCACGUCGACCCACGCCACAGUAGCGAGGGCACAGGCCGCCAUUGCCGCUGCGCACCGACGCAUUGAAGCUGCCCAGCAGCACCGUAAGGAAGGCAAUGAGUCCACCCGUGCGGCCACCGCCAACGUUCGCAGCAGCACCGCCGCCGCCGCUACUGCCGCUGCUGCGCCUCGUGCGCGGCGCGACCACAAGGGCGACCCGCACGCGUCCGCACGUCAGCACUCGCAGUUGUACGAGGAGCAUUGCACGAUCGGGUGGUCCCCGGAGGAGUUCUACCAUGUGGUGGCCGACGUGGAGCACUACACGGACUUCUUGCCAUGGUGCGCCGGGUCGGAGGUGCAUACGACUCGACGGGUGCGAGUCCCGCGAGGACGGCGGCAGCUGGCCGGAAACCUGCCCCCCACUGGGUCUUCCACGCCAUCUACCGCACCCGAAGGAGCCAGGACGCCGCUGUCGGCGGCCGACACCGUCGCGGCGGCCGAGGCGGAGCUGGUGGACGCAAUUGAGAUGACGGCGACGCUGACCAUUGGCUUUUCCUUCCUGAAGGAGCAGUACACAUCUCGUGUGACGCUCUACCCAGGCACGAAGAUUGUCGCCGCCCUCCACGACGCGGAGAACGACGAAGGGACGGACGUGGCGGCUGCAUCGCACGCGGAAAGGCAACACCUGCACGACAACUCCGCGCACCGCGACAGCUUCGUCGUGUCGCUGUUUAAGAAGGCCGCCUCGACGGCCGGGGCGGCGAAGCGAUCCAUCCUGAAGCACCUGCUGUGUGAGUGGGAGUUCUGCCCCGUGCCUGGGAAGCCGAACACCGUGGAGGUGAUUUUCUCCGUGUCGUUCGAGUUUAAGAACCCGCUGCACAGCCGCAUGAUCAUGUCGAACGUGGUGACGCUCAUGACGCGCAGCUUCGAGCGGCGCUGUGAGAGUUUGUACGGGCCGCCCUCAGCGUCCAAGGAGUCCCUUCCUCUCUUUCAUUGA